AUGAGAGAUUAUUAUGUUUUUAUAAUCUUAGAGUUCAACGCCAAAAGCCCUAAGCCAACAACUUUUACAUCUCUAUUUUCUCAUUUCGUUAUGGUUUUAAUAGCUAAAAGGAUGUAUGUUAACCCCCUAUUUUCUUCGCCAAUUGUUAGCGAUAAGAAACUUACACCUAGACAAGUUGAUACCAAAAUGAUGUAA